CAACAAGCUCUUCUUCUUCUCGUGUUACCAUUUGUGACAACAAUGGACACGUCGGCGUCCACCUCGCCGCCGCCGCCGCGCUCUGUGCUCAGCACCAUCGAGGACAAGAUGAGCCCGGGCGUCCUCCUCAUCAUCGCCAUCCUCGCCGUCGUCUUCUUCCUCUUCGGCUUGCUCAACCUGCUGAUCCAGAACCUGCUCCGGAUGCGCCGGGCGCGGCGGCGGCGGCGGCGCGUGGGCGACGGCGGCGGCGGCGUCGGCAUGGGCAGCCCGACGGCGUUCCAGGGCCAGCUCCAGCAGCUGUUCCACCUCCACGACGCCGGCGUCGACCAGACCUUCAUCGACGCGCUCCCCGUCUUCGUCUACCGCGCCGUCGUCGGCGCCGGGCUCCGCAAGGACGACCCGUUCGACUGCGCCGUGUGCCUGUGCGAGUUCGCCGGCGACGACAAGCUCCGCCUCCUCCCGACGUGCGGCCACGCGUUCCACGUGCCCUGCAUCGACGCCUGGCUGCUGUCGCACUCCACGUGCCCCAUCUGCCGCGGCAGCGUCCUCGCCGCCGCCGCCGCCGCCGACGACGACGACGACUCGUCGGCGUCCACCCCGGUAGCGCGGCGCGUGCUCGACUCGGAGAGCCUCGGCGAGACGUUCGCCAACAAUGGAGGUGGGGACAGCGAGGGGUCUUCUCCCAAGGCGGCGGCGGCGGAGGAGGAGGAGGUCGUCGAGGUGAAGCUUGGCAAGCUCAAGUGCAUCGACGGCAAUGGCAAUGCCGGCGACCUCGCCGUCGUCAAAGGCACCACCACCAGCAACGAUGGCGACAUCGGCGGCGGCGGCAGGGGAGAUCUUGGACAGAGACGGUGCUUCUCCAUGGGAUCCUACGAGUACGUCAUGGACGAGCACGCCGCGCUCCGCGUCGCCGUCAGGACGCCCAAGCGGAGGCCGCCGGCGAGGUCGAGGUCUCGCCGCCGGCUCGCGCUGUCGGAGUGCGACUUCGCGGGCUCCGCCUCCAAGAAGGGCGCGUGGGAAGCGGCGGUGAUAGAGGCCGCGUCGGCGGACGCCGCGGCGGCGAGGCUGAACAGGGACAGCUUCUCCGUGUCCAAGAUCUGGAUGACGUCAGCCACUAGGAAGGAAGAUGUCCGGACGGCGGCGGAAUUGGCCGGCGGAGGGAGGCGUGCGGCGUCGUUCCGGUGGCCGGCGAUGGCCGAGGCCAGCAAGAAGCAUGGCGGGAUCAACGACGAGCGCCGCGACGUCGAGGCCGGCGGCAAUGGCGACUCGUCUCUCGCCGACGAGCGGCCGUCGUUGGCGAGGACGGCGCUGCAGUACAUCGUCGGCGGCGGCGGCGGCGGGCGGCAGCAGAGCAGCCGAGUUGGAAGCCAUUCUUGAACCAUUUGGUUUGCACAUUGAACACAGAAAAAAUGUCCCCUUAUUUUUUUUCUUUUCAUUGAUUUUUUCCCUACUUUUCUUUUCUUUUCCAAAAUGAUUAUAGUGAUUGCAAAGCAACAAAUUUGUGAAGAAAAAAGCAAUUGAAGCAACUGCAUUUGUGUGUUAGUCAUGGUCAUAUUAAUUAGUUAAAGAGACAAAAGGCAUUCUUGGUCUUCAUUGGUUUGAAA